UAUUUCGUUACGCUUACAAAAAUGCAUACCCUAACUGAAUUUCCCACCAAAAACAGAAUUUAAGAUCUUGAUUUCUCCGUAUUUCCGCCAUUAAUGGCGUCGAUCACCACCUUCACCUCCACACUUAUCCUCCUCCUCCUCCUCCUCAUGUCUCUAAUUUCAUCCACCUCAUCACAGAGUCCACCGUACGCAACGUUCGUCAUCAAUGCCACCGAACUUCCACCGGAAGACUACUUCGAUUACAUCAUCGUCGGCGGCGGCACCGCCGGUUGUCCGUUAGCAGCCACACUAUCAUUCAACCAUCGUGUAUUACUUCUAGAACGAGGCGGUGUACCGUACACAAACCCUAACGUCAUGAAACAAGAAGGUUUUAUUCAAACACUCCGUCAAAUCGACAAUUAUUACUCUCCGGCGCAAGCUUUCAGUUCCGAUGAAGGCGUUCCGAACGCCAGAGGCCGGAUUUUAGGCGGUAGCAGCGCGAUUAACGCCGGAUUUUACAGCCGAGCGGACGACGAGUUUUAUAACAGCUCCGGGAUAAAUUUUGAUGUGAAUUUGAUUGAGAGGUCAUAUCAGUGGAUUGAGAGAGCAAUCGUGUUUGAACCGGAGUUGCAGCCGCUGCAACGCGCGCUUCUUGAUGGAUUGGUGGAAGCCGGUGUGCGGCCAUGGAAUGGAUUUAGUGUAAAACAUGUUUAUGGAACCAAGAUUGGGGGUUCUACGUUUAACAGUAGUGGUUAUAGACAUAGUGCUGCUGAUCUGUUGAAUCUAGCUAGAGAAAGUAAUAUCAAAGUGGCGGUUUACGCUACGGUUGAGAGGGUUUUGUUUACUAGUUCGGGUUCUUUUGGUGGAACGGAGAAUGCGACGGGUGUUGUGGUUAGGGAUACUGCGGGUCAUUAUCACCGUGUGUUGUUAAGGAAGGAGGGGGAAGUGAUUGUUUCCGCGGGUGCGAUUGGCAGCCCGCAUUUGCUUUUGUUGAGUGGGAUUGGACCGCGGUCUUACCUUUCGUCUUGGGGGAUUCCGGUGGUGAAUGAUUUGGAGUUUGUAGGGGAGUUUUUGUAUGAUAAUCCGCGAAAUGGGAUAUCGUUUUUGUCACCGAGUUUACUGGAGCAUUCUCUCAUACAGGUGGUGGGCAUUACUGAGUCCGGUGCUUAUCUUGAAGCGUCGUCUACUGUUCGCCCUUAUCAUCCGCCUGUUCACUCGGGUUUCAGGCGGCCUCACUCGGCUCAGUGGUACUUUAGCGUGGCUCACAUCAUGGAGAAGAUAGUCGGGCCGUUAUCGGCUGGAUCACUCCGGUUGGCAUCUACAGAAAUCACAACGAAUCCGGCUGUAAGUUUCAACUACUUUAGUAAUCCGGUGGAUUUGGAGAGGUGUGUGAAUGGAACGCGUAAAAUCGCGGAUUUGCUUAGGACCCGGGCCAUGUCUGGUUUUAGAUUCUGGAACUGGCCUCGUGGGGAGUUUAGGUUUGUAGGAGCGCGAUUACCAGUGAACCAAUCGAGUGAUGAAGAGAUGGGUGAGUUCUGCAGGCGCACAGUGAACACGAUAUGGCACUAUCAUGGUGGAUGUGUAGUGGAGAAAGUGGUGGAUUCGGAAUUGAGGGUGAUUGGUGUUGGUUCGCUUCGAGUUAUCGAUGGUUCGGUGUUCUCGAUUUCACCAGGGACCAACCCACAGGCUACUCUUCUAAUGCUUGGCAGGCAUAUGGGUUUGAAGAUUCUUAGAGGGAGACUGCAAAAGACAAGGGCUUGAUCUCUUCCUGUUGUUAAUAUUUCUCUAUCUGUUGCAUAAAUUUUGCUAUAAUAAUCCAAAGUUUAAUACUGAUUAUCUUUUGGGUUGGUUCUUAAUCUUUUCCAUGAUAUUC